UUGAAGUCUCUAAGCAAGGGUAAAAUCUAACUUUAUCUAACUUUCAUGAUUAAUCAAUGACACAUUAUGAUCAACUUUACUUUCUAGUAGAUAAUAAAUACUCGUAAUGUAUAAAUUAAAGUUUAAUUUUAUUUCGAUAAUGUUCUAAUACUGAUCAUUUUUAGAAGUUAAUAAUAUUUCAUUUUCAAAACAAAAUGUUGUUAAAAUACACAAUAAAAUUUCUUAAAAACACCUACAAUAUUAAAUUAAAUCAUUCUAUAAGAAAAGUCUCGAAUCAAAGAAAGCAAUUUCAAGAAGUGACAAUCAAAGUACCUUGGGGAACGAUAAGUGGAAAAUUUUGGGGAUCUACUGAUGUUCAGCCAAUCAUUGCAGUUCAUGGAUGGCAAGAUAAUGCAGCUUCAUUUGAUCCAUUAGCUGCAACAUUACCUAAAGAUAUUUCUCUACUUGCCAUAGAUCUUCCUGGACAUGGACAUUCAAGUUGGCUACCCAAUGGUUUGAUGUAUAAUACUCUCAUCUACAUCCAAGCGCUGCACAGAAUAAAAGAUUAUUAUGGAUUGGAUCAAUUUGGAUUAAUUGGACAUUCUUUGGGUGGCGUAAUUACAUUUUGUUAUACAUCCUUAUUUCCAAACAAUGCUAAAUUUGCAAUAGCAUUAGAUUAUUUCAAAUACCCAUCAUUAAAUUUAACUAAAAAUUUUUCAACUUUCAAUCAAGAAUGGAGCAAUUUUUUUAAAUAUGAAAAACUACAAACUAGGGUUCCUAGUUAUACUAAAAAAGAACUUAUUGACAAAUGGAUUAAAUCUUCAAGUAAUUCUUUAAAUAAAACUUCAUGUGAAAUAUUGAUGAAGCGAGGUGUUAGAAAAAAUCCAGAUGAUACAGUUUUCUUUUGUCGAGAUCCAAGAAUUAAAUUCUUUCUCAAUGAUAUUGGAUUUUCCCAUGAUCAUUUUUUGAGAGGAUUAGCUCACCAAGUAAGUUGUCCUUUUAUGAUAAUCAAAGGAGAAAAUUCACACUUUAACGAACCAAAAGAAUUUUAUUACAAUACAUUAAAAAUAGUUAAACAACACUCACAAGAUUUUCAAUUUUAUACUACACCUGGUACUCACCAUUUUCAUAUGGACAAUGCUAAACAAAUUGCUCAAUUUAUUAAUCCAUUUAUUUUAAAA